AUGGUUUCGCUAACUAAAGCAUUCCUAUCGGCGUUUUGCCUCGCGGGAACAGCAUUUGCUAAAUACUCCAAUGCCAGUUCCACAUCCGUUACUGCAGUACCCAAGACUACGCCGACAGCUUUUUUUUCUACUGUGCAUCUAAUCGACUCCUACACAGGAACCAAUGUGUCAAAUGACAAAGAGCACUGGUUCAUGGUUCAGGCCGAACUAUACGUAUCAGCUGAGUUCGAUGGCGAACUUUACUUAACCGCACCCCAGCAACUUCAAAAUUUCCCUCAAGGAUCAUUUGAUUUGUUGCAAAAUGAGAUAUCUGUUGGAUCAGUCUCAUACAAUUCAUCCAAUGUUUUCACAAUAAAACCCAAGUUGUCGAGCGAAGACCGUUCCGCCACUUUCAAUGUCCUUGCAACCCUUUCUGACGAUUUUAAAAACUCGAUCAGCAAUCCAGAAACAUUCGAUUUUGAGUUUCAGACAGCUCCAGGAUCUAUUGUGGAGAAGAUAAGCUUUGUUGCACAAGACUUGUCAGCAUCUCAAACAAACGCUCGAGUUGAUGAGCAUAACAAAAUCACCUACACUGUGAACAUUCCCUUGAGCGAAUACCCUGGUGCGUUUAACUUUGCAGCCUCAUUUUCAGCUUCAGAAGCUUACGAGUUUGAUACCUCCCUUACGAUGGUUCAAGUAGUCGUUGACACAGACGCUUUCAACCAACCUACGAAGGCAAUCAACCUAACUGCAGUGAGAGAUACAUCUGACGAAUCUUCAAUCAACCUAAGCUUAGAAUCGCGGAUUAGCGGUGGAAAAUCGAUUCUUAUCACAUAUGUCACAACAUCGAUCUUGGACGCUAUUGCAGUUGAUACUGUGGCCACUUUGAACUACCCUACAUUGUCGAGUUACAAAAGGGAUAUUUCGAUUAUGUUCGAGGACCAUGUAGUACUCAAAACUAGCGCCAACCUCAACAAUUUUGGCGAGGAAGUCAACGUUUACACUGGGUCUGGUUUUUUCCCUACAGUCACUGCAAUCAACUCCACUACUGCUUCCUCAAACACUGUUCCAACCAAUGGUACUUCAACUUUCUUCACAAUCACUUCAACCACCAAUGGAACUGGCGGUGAGGUCACACCGGUCCCUGCUAAUGGUAGCACUACAGUUAGCGUAUCGCCUUCGUUGGUGAGCUCAUCGCUUUCUUCUAACAGCAGCGUGAUUAACAGCUCCAAGUCUGCUCCAGCAAACGGCACCUCAAUAGAUUCGGUAACCUCUGCUUCCAACUUCAGUACCACUUUGAUUACUCCAGCUCCAGUAAAGAAUGAGAGUGUCUCUAACAACGGCUCAUACACCUCUAAUAGCAAUGGAGCAGUUUUGACAUAUACCGUUGUGACACGAACCAGCAAUGGCCAAUACGAAGUCUACACCAGUUUUUUCCCAGUUGCGACUUUAUCUGCUCAAUCCCCAGCGAGCGUUAGUAAGUCUGUCUCUGAAACUUACUAUAUUGUCAACUCGACCGUCUCUUCUACAAAUGCCAUCCCUACCCAGACUGUUUUCACCAGGGUUAUCAGUGGCGAAAUUGUCGUUUACACGUCUCUGGUUCCCGUUGCGACUUUGAAUAGCAGCAUUAGUAGUCAAUCAUCUUUGUCGACUUCCAAAAAAGUGCAGUCUACGCAAAACAGCAGCAGCACACAGCAUUCGAACAAAUCAAAUUCCUCUGGAGUACAGUCCGAAGAGCUGUCGAAACACCAAUCUCAACUGCAUGUAUCUCCAACGAACCCAUCCUCAGCCUCCAAUAUGAAGCCUUCAAAAACCACCGAGUACUACACCAGCGAAUACAUAACUAGUAAGGUGUUAACGACUACUAGUAAUGGAAGGGUGCUAGAGUACACCAGUUGGUUCCCUGUCACGACUGUAUCAUCUACGAUAUCAAGUUUAAAUCUUUUCGAAACCGCCAGCUCCAGCACACCAUCUCCUUCAUUGAGUGCAUCCCAGCUAUCCAACAUCAGAAAAUUGACUGCAUCCGUGGUCACUAAAACGAAGGGUGGUAAGGUUUCUAUUUUCACGACUAUGGUGUCUGUUGGAACUGAACUGACCUCAUCGACAUCUCUGAGCCAAACUUUUUCAGUAGCGCCAAUCACAAGUCAAACAAACGCUAUUGGUAAACCUCAUUCUCUAACCAUCGUUGUUGACACUGCACAAUCUACACAAGUCUCUUCCUCUUCCAGGACAGGUGUUUCUGCAAAAACCUCUCAGUCGGUACAAGAGCAAUUGAUAUCCACCUCAUUAUCUUAUAUUGGUGCUUCAUCUUUUGCCGACGCCUCCGCAAGUCGAACUACCUUGACUUCUGUUAGCAAAUCAACUGCGCUUGCAACUAGAAUUUCUGCAGAUAUUUUGCAAUCAACACAAGACGCUGUUAUUUCCACUUCUUUAAUUCCCAUCGGUGCAUCAAGUCAAUAUAGUGCUGCGGGUGGUCAGGCAUCUACGGCUGUUAGCUUGACAAGUAAUUCUAUGUCUGGCCAAAGUCACGUCUCAUCAAAUCAAGAAUCUACUGGUAGUAGUUCAACCCUUUCCGGCUUAGCAGACGUUAGCCUCCAGACUCAAACAGCUCUCAGCACAGCUUCUUCUACACCUUUUAUUUCAACCUUCGAUGGAGCCGCAUACAGACUGCAAAGUGGAAUGAUGAGUAUAGUUAUUGGUGUCUUUGCAUGCUUACUGUGA